AACCAAGAAACGACCUGCUCGGAAGACAUAAAUGAAAUACUCUAUUACCUCAUGCUUGGACGUGAAGACAUUGAGAGAACAGACGUGAAGAACAUUAUUAUCGUAGUUGGGCCAAGUGGAGUGGGGAAGAGCACACUCACACAAUUUGUUGCUAAUGAAACGAACAAGCUGCGAGCAGAGUGUGAUAAUUGGGAAGAUGAGUGUUGGAUCAUUGACGAUUCUGGCACAAUAGGAGAAGACUUAAUAUCUAAGACAUUUUUACCCAACCUUGUGUUUCACGAGUCGACUAAUACUCCAUUCUACGACAUGCCCGGAUUUAAUGACAAUCGUAAUGAGUCCAUGGAAAUCGCGAAUUCGUUUUUUAUGCAGCAAAUUCUGAACGAUGCCGAGACAGUUAAAAUAUUAGUGUUGGCCAGGUACAGUUCGUUUGAUAACAGUGCAAGAUUGGAUUUUCCAAAUCUACUUAUGAAUCUUGUCGACUUGAUCAAAUCGCCUGCGAAGUUCCAGGGUAGUAUGGCAAUAGUUUCGACGAUGGCACCGCCUCAUCUAUCACACGACAGUAUUAUCCGACGGAAUACACGAUUUAUGCAGGAAUCGUUACUGGACGAUAUCAAUAAUAUUUUUAGGGGGAAGGAGGAGUAUAUAAGAGGUUCAACUGAAAUUUUGGAAAAUUGGUUAGAAUCGAACACCGGAAAUUAUUAUGACGCCAAAUAUUUUUCAUACUUUUUAAGUGCGAGCAAAAGAGGACCCUUGUUGGAAGACCCAUUGCUUUAUGACAACAAGAUUUUUUUGAAUGAAGUCAUAUUCGACAGACUUGAGUUCGGUCGUAAAGACGAUGGGGAUUUUGGUUUGCCAAUGUCUGGGGCAGCCUUACGAAAAUUGGAAAUUACUGGUUCAUGCAUUUCCAAUUUAUUGGCUACACAAAUGAAAACAUUUGCUGAAGACCUAGAGUCUUAUAUACUGACUAAUGUUUUGAAUGUUAUCGAUGGAAAUGAAACGAAUAUUGUCCAAAUUUCUGAAUUGUUAACGAAUUUGACUAACUCAGAUUUUUCGUUUGACAAUGUGGAUGGACAAAGUCUUUCCGUACACUUACAGAAGCUGUUAAGUGACGUAGUUAAUCUUCAAAUUCCAUCUAUAAAUGAGACUAUUCAGCAAAUGGUGGACACAUUGUCAUUUAUUGAAUUCAUUGAACUGACAAAAGCUGAAAUUCAAUUUGAUCCGAUCCUGUGGGUUAUCAACAUGCGUCCAAUAAAAGAAAAUUUGAUAAAACAUUUAGAUGCUCCAGCUGGAAUGCUUCAAAACGCAGCCAUAUUUUCUUUAGCUGAGGAAUCUGAAAUAAUUGCUGAGCUUCUCUUAUCAUCAAUUGACUCAUUGGAAGACAUUUCCGAAAAAGAUGAUUCGGUUACCUUCGAGGUGGCCAGAGCCAGAAAUAUGUUUCAAAGAAUUGACUCUGCAAAAUCGACAACGGAUGAACUCACACAAUUUCUUAUCUUUUACUUAUCCGAGUAUGACAAUUUAAGAAGCUGUGAAAACUGCAGCAGUAUACCACAAUUCAACGCAAUCAGUGUUUUGGAGAUACUUGAUGAAUUUUCCUGGUCGAGCAAGGACUGGACUGCUGCAAGUAUAUCUAACCUUCAGAAUAUGCUACAACUUGAACUAAAUUUGACAAUAUUCUUGCAAGAGAUGUUCAUAGAUUUGUCUGAACCAAUCGUUCAAACUGGAGAGGAUUUACCAAUUCAUACUUGGUGGAAUGACCAAAAAAAAUUAUCUGAAGAUAAUUUCAAUGACUUCUAUUCCAUAAUUAGCUUUCAAGGAUUCAAAUCGUCAAUUAGAUUUGACAGAUCACAGGUGAAGGACUUUGUUUUCUAUCGAACGCAGGGAAGAAAUCGAUUAGAAUUCCUUCUAGAUUCCAUGCUAAAGGACAUAUACGAUUGUCCUAAUACAUCUGAAAUAAUUAUAAGUGGAAAAAUAAUUUCGUUUGAUCGAGUAAUUUCCCGUUGUAUCAACAAACAACAAAUAGUCAGAAGUAGCAUCGUUCUUACUGCAACGUUCAAAAUUUUUGCAAAUUCGAAAAUAAUAGGAAGGGAAAUCAACGUAAACAAUAAUAUCAACGUUAUUCUAAUGUCACCCGAGAUGAUAGUUAGUAACCAUUCGGAAAUAGAUUUGAGUGGACGCGCAGGACAGCAGCAAGGUGAGCAAGGAAAACCAGCAGGAACUCAGUACUCGUUGUUUCGACAAGUUUUUUCGACGAACGACGGAUCAAUACCAUCUAAGAUUACACAUCCUAAUUUAGAAGGUGGUCACGGAGUUAAUGGGAAAGUUGGAUCUACAGGAAGUGGAGGGUGGAAUGGUUCGAACAAUUUUCAUGUCAAUAGUGGUAGUGACUGUGCGGCGUGGUACAGCGGUAGAAUUCAAAUUAGAAAUUAUGUCAACUCCUGCAAUAUUCACACAUCAUAUUAUGAGAACGCCUCUCCCGGAUAUUAUUGUUGGAGUGGUAGUAGAACAAUACAGGGAACAAGUGGAGGUAUCGGCGGACGUGGAGGAAAUGGUGGAACUGGCUCAUGUGGUGCUGCUGGUGGGCAGAAUUACUAUGUUGAUGCAAACUAUUUUCAGUCUUCUAAAACUGCUGUAAAUGGGACGCAAGGAAAAAAUGGAGCUGGUGGCGCUGGAGGGCAAGGAGGACUUGGUGGAUUAUAUGGCGACACAUUAUCUUUAUAUAUACGUAAUGCUGGCACAUUUUCGAGGUGGUGUGAACAAUCUGAUGAAUCGGUGAUACCGUCUUGCCAACGGGCCUCCAAUGGUCCAAGUGGUUCAGUUGGGACAUCAUGUACAUCUCAAGUGUCCAUAAGAAUAGUCAACAAAACUUGGGUGACUCAUCAUUUUGCGGUGUUUAAAGCAGCAUUGUCGUCAAGAAACGAGUUCAUUUUCGCUCAUGCAACAUCUUUUCUUAACUUGCUUGGCAAUGCACAACCAUUUGAUUGAUAGCAAAUUUAUUUAAGAAGCAAUAAUAAGUCUCAUAGUUUUUACGAAUAAACGAUUCAUUAUCA